GAAGUUUCUAACGCCUUCGUCGUUUUCAGUCUAUCUCUCUCGCCGGCCAACGUCUACAAAGCUUCACUCUCUCUCUCUCUCUCUCUCUCUCUGAUUCGAUCGAGAUGAACGACCUUCUCACGGAUUCCUUCGUAAAAGACCAGCAUCCUAGAGAGAAGGAUGUCGAAAUGGCGAAGGUCUCAGCGAAUAAUAUGGAUUUGGGAAUGGAAGUUUUUUUUAAGCAGGUGCGGGAUGUCGAAAAGCUUAUGGAUAAGCUCGCUAAGCAUCUUGAAAACCUUCAGGAUGCCAAUAAGGAAUCUAAGUCUGUUACAAAAGCUUCUGCAAUGAAAGCAAUCAAGCGUCGGAUGGAGAAAGAUGUUGAUGAAGUGGGGAAAAUCACCCGCAACAUAAAAACAAAAUUAGAAGAAAUCGACAAGGAUAAUCUAAACAACCGACAAAAACCUGGUUGCGGGAAGGGAACAGGCGUGGACCGGUCGAGAACUGCUAUGACCAACGCCUUGAAGAAGAAGUUAAAGGAUAGAAUGACUGAUUUUCAGACUCUCAGGCAAAAUAUCCAAGAUGAAUAUCGUGAGGUCGUUGAGAGACGGGUGUUUACAGUUACGGGAACCAAACCAGAUGAAAAGACGAUUGAUCUCUUGAUAGAGACUGGAAACAGCGAGCAAAUCUUCCACAAGGCAAUUCAGGAAAUGGGGCGAGGACAGGUUUUGGAUACUGUAGAAGAAAUUCAGGAAAGACAUGAUGCUGUGAUGGAAAUUGAGAAGAAGCUUCUUGAAUUGCAUCAGGUUUUCCUAGAUAUGGCAGUUCUAGUUGAGGCCCAAGGAGAAGUGUUAGAUAAUAUUGAAAUUCAGGUCACGAAUGCAGUGGACCACGUGCAGUUAGGAACCGAUGCCCUCAAGACGGCUAAGAGCUUGCAGAAGAAGUCGAGGAAAUGUAUGAUGAUUGCCAUUAUUCUCCUUUUGGUCAUUGCUCUGAUCAUUGCACUUUCGAUCUUGAAGCCAUGGAAGAAAUAGCAAUGGAGAUGGUUUUGGACUUUGGUUAUAGUUUUUGUUUUGGUUUGGGUACAUUACAAGGGAAUAUGGUUUUUGUUCUUAAUUUCCACAUUAGAACCAAUUAUUCUUUUUACCAAAUAAAUCGUACCGACAAUGUGCUUGAUACCUAGCUUUGAUUGAUUAAUAUAGAGACAUUCUCUCUGUUCUGAUUGAAUGGAUUGAAAACAAAGGCAAGCGAGGUCAGUUUGAUUUGGGCUUUUUCUAUUGUUCCCCACUUAGUAGUCUCCUAAUGAAACAGCAUUUCUGUUUCCUUCAAAAAUCAUUUCCUCCAUUCUUCAAGGACUGGAAUUUAUGAAGGUCCUCAUGAAUCAUCUAAAAAAAAAUUUAGAUUGUGGGUGUCUUUGUGAGUUCUUGAUGUGUAUGGCUUUCGUUCUUAGGAUGUGGGAUGAUGCUUCAUUUGUUGAUUGGCAUUUUUCGGUGGGCCCACCCAGGUGACAUUUCUAGCUGCUUUGUUGCCUGUUGGUGAGCUCGCCGUAGUUUUUGGUCAGUGUAUUCCUCAUGCACUGUACUCCGAUUAUGGUUUGUUUGGAUGUACUAUUGAAUUGAAUUGCAAGAAUUAGUUCAAUACAAUGAAAAUAACCAAACCGUCACUACCUUAGGAUUCAUACUGAUGGAUGAUGCUCUAAAUUGCAAUCAUGAUCCUUGAAAGUUAGCCUUGAAAUGAAAUGUGACAGCAAUUUCAGGGUUGGCUCCUCAUUAUGAAUACUAGGAAAUGUUAUUACAAGUAGGCCAUUUCUCUUGAUUGAACUGAAAUGUUCUCAAUUCAAUUCAGAAGCACAUCCAAAUGAGCCUUGACUCUCUCUCUCUCUCUCUCUCUCUCUCUCUCUCUCUCUCUCUCUCACUCAAA